GACAACAUUGAAUAUUAAUAUUUUAAAAUCUUUUUUCUAACGUUGUAGUAUUUAAAAGUGAAUCGAAUUCAUUUUUUCUGAAAUUUCAAUAGAAGUUAAUCAGAGAUAUGAAUUCAGAUUCUAAACUAUGUCAGGGUAAAGAUGUCUUGGAACGAAUGAAUUAUUUAUAUCAGGCAAGUCGUCUAAUGGCACUAAAAAAUAGAGUAGCUGCAUCAUUUUAUGGCAAUGUGAUGAUUGGAUGCUCAAAGAAAUCUGUUUUACGAAUAGAAUCUGAUAUAAAAAAGACAAUUUGUAAAUGCUGUCAAUCUCCACUUAUACCUGGUAAAACAGCAAAAGUAAGAUUGGUUUCAAAACCACAAAAGGCUGUAAAAUGGACGUGUUUAACAUGUUUAAGUAUUAAAAAGUAUCCUACAAAAAAAGGAUACAAAUUAUGGACAGAGCAACCUAAUUCAAUAGUUCAAAGUUUUAAUUAUGCUUCAAAAACUAAUACAGAAAUAAACGAAAAGGAUGUAAUAAGUACAUCAACGAGAGAUCCUGGAUUAAUUAAGAAUAAGGCACUGAAUUAAUUUGUACACUUAAUAGAAUUCAGUAUAGAUUUUAUAUUUAAAUUAGAAAAAAUAUAUUUUAUCUGCUUUACUUUUAUAGUACAAAUUGUAUGAUCUGUAAAAGUAUAUUAUAUAUUGUAUCUUAUUUUAAAGAAAUAAGUGUAUAGUGUAUUAUAGAAUAUGUCUUAAUGCUAAUAAAAAACAUUUUAUAUGAA